GGGUGUGAGGACCGUGUACCGGCAGACCGCCAUGGUGCUGCGCAUGCUGGCGCAGGACAUGCGCGACUGGCCGCGCCUGCGGUCGGAGCCAGCCCCCGUGGAGGCAGAGGGAUCAGCUAGAGGCCAGCGGAGGCGCUGUACGGACAGAUCACGGACGUGGGGCUGUAGGUCGGCCAGCACAGCCCAACCGCCCUCACAUCCCAUCUUGC